AGUUCUUCCUCUCUAUGUUGUCUAUUCUUACUUCUUACACACCGCCGCCUAUUAAGUAUGAAACUACUGCGAGUGAAAAUCAAAAAUAGCAUCACCGAGAUAUUGUUCUUCAACGGGAAAAAUCGAUUCCUAUAAUGGCUAUAAAUUUAAACUUUCAUGUCCUCUCAAUUCAAAUAUGAAAUUCGAAAUUCAAUUUUGGACCUUUUGGUGUUGGAGACUGACGUUGAAGAUUGUAAACAAUUACACAGAAUAAUUGAGGGUUCAUCAUGGGAGUUCACACUCAUUUGGCAAUUGCAAAUAUUCCAAACUGUUUUUUUUCAGUAGAUAUGUAUAAGAGAAAGCAUUGUUUAUCAAGACUUCAGUUUAAGUCAAGAAAUGCAAGAGUAGUGGCGUCAUCUGAGACAUUGAAUGCAUCUUCUGCUUCUAAGAACUAUGGAAAAGAUAGACCUCUAGUCAAAAUGUGCGGAAUCACAUCUGCUAGAGAUGCUGCGAUUGCAGCUGAAGCUGGUGCUGAUUUUAUUGGGAUGAUUAUAUGGCCAAAAUCAAAACGUUCUGUUUCUCUUUCAACUGCUAAGGAGAUUUCUGAGGUUGCUAGAAACUAUGGUGCUGAGCCGGUGGGGGUAUUUGUAGAUGAUGAUGCUGACACUAUUCUAAAAGCUGCUGCUGCAUCAAACAUAGAAUAUGUCCAGCUUCAUGGAAAUGGUUCACGGAGUGCUUUCCCGUUGUUGGUGAAGGACAAUCGAGUUAUUUAUGUUCUUCACUCUGAUAAAGAUGGGGUGCUCCUGAAUAAUAUUUCUCAACAAGAAUGUUCUUUAGCAGAUUGGAUUUUAGUCGACAGUGCAACGGGAGGAAGUGGGGAAGGAUUCAAUUGGGCGCAGUUUAGCUUACCGUCAAUGAAAAGCAAACAUGGUUGGCUUUUGGCGGGAGGAAUUAAACCCGAGAAUGUUGGGGAAGCCCUUCUCACUCUCCACCCAAAUGGAGUCGAUGUGAGUAGCGGCAUUUGUGGUUCGGAUGGCAUUCGUAAGGAUGAGUCACGUAUAUCUGCUUUCAUGAGUGCAGUAAAUUCUUUGCGGUACUGAAUUGCUCUACUAAACAGUUCUGGGUGUUAGAACAGGUUUAUUGUUAUCCAAAUAGUUAUGGUAAUAAAAUCUCCCAUACAGCUUUCAGCCUUUCAGGGUAAAUAUCCGACCUUUAUAAACCUUGUCAUUUGGAGGCACGUAUAGUAAAAUGGGAAUAUGCAGUGGGAUGUGUUCCUGUAACAGCUGUAAGAUGGGUUGUUUGAGCAGCAGAAUUGCUUCUAUCGUCCAUCAUAUUAGUGAAAGUUGUACAAGUUUUAUGUUAGAUGAUGCAUUUCUUUUGAUAGACAUGAAUACAUGAGCAUUGGGUGAGUGUGGCAUUGUAGAGUACUCACCUAAAUGACAGGAAAUCCUAGGUUUGGAACUCAUAAAGCUGGAAGUGGGUUAGGUAGGUUGUGUACUUGUACUUGGGUGCUUUGGGAGUUAAGCCUAUAGAAACUAGAACAAAUUAGUGUAUCACAUUAUUGAAUUUUUGCACUACCAAAUAAUCCGAUUUCACCAUGUUUUCUUUUAUUAUAUAUUUGAUUUUAUCUUAUAUUUAGAACAAAUAUUAUCAUGUAUAAUAUUACUGAAUCUUUUCAAUGUAUAAUUUUUACAUA